GGCGGGCGAGGGGGCGGUGUCCUGGCCAUGGCCGGCCUGUCGGACCUGGAGCUGCGGCGGGAGCUGCAGGCCCUGGGCUUCCAGCCAGGCCCCAUCACCGACACCACCCGGAACGUCUACCGCAACAAGCUGCGCCGCCUGCGGGACGAGGCUCGGCUGCGCGACGACGAGCGGCUGCGGGACGAGGCCCGGCCGCGGAGCCCCGAGUGGUUGCGGGACGAGGCCCGGCUGCGCGAGGAAGCGCCGCUGCGCGCGCGCCCGGCCGCGGCGUUGUUGCCGCGGCCGCCGGAGCCCCCGCUGUACCCGCCGGCCUCGAGCUCGGCCGCCGACCGCUCACGGCCCUACAGCGACUCCGGGGCCUUCGCUUCCCACUGGGCCGGAAGCCGCGGCCUUUCCUACCCCUCCCAGCCCGGGCCUCUGCGCCGCCGCGCCUCGGGCCGGGCCAGCUCUGAGGAGGACGACGAUGCCCGGCCGCCGCCCGCCAGGGCCGCCCUGGGCCCGGGCCGCCACUACUGGAGCCCGUCCCCGGCCUCGGCGCGGUCGUCCUCCGUGCUCCUCGGCGCCGACGCGCGCCCGGGCCUGAAGGGCGCGGUGCGGGCCCGACCCGAGGCGGGCCGGCGGCUGGAGCGAUGCCUGUCCCGGCUCCUGCUCUGGGCCAGCCUGGGGCUGCUGCUCGUCUUCCUGGGCAUCCUCUGGGUGAAGAUGGGCAAGCCCUCGGCGCCGCAGGAGGCAGAGGACAACAUGAAAUUAUUGCCGGUGGACUGUGAGAGAAAAACAGAUGAGUUCUGCCAGGCCAAGCAGAAGGCGGCCCUGUUGGAGCUGUUGCAUGAGCUGUACAACUUCCUGGCCAUUCAAGCAGGUAAUUUUGAGUGUGGCAAUCCGGAGAAGCUGAAAAGCAAAUGCAUUCCUGUUCUGGAGGCUCAGGAAUACAUAGCUAAUGUGACCAGCAGCCCCUCUGCAAGGUUUGAGGCUGCACUGACCUGGAUACUGAGCAGCAACAAGGACGUGGGCAUCUGGCUGAAAGGGGAAGACCCAUCUGAGCUGGUGACAACAGUGGACAAAGUGGUCUGCCUGGAGUCCGCCCGGCCCCGGAUGGGCAUCGGCUGCCGCCUGAGCCGUGCCCUGCUCACCGCCGUCACGCACGUGCUCAUCUUCUUCUGGUGCCUGGCCUUCCUGUGGGGGCUGCUGAUCCUCCUGAAGUACCGAUGGCGAAAGCUGGAAGAAGAAGAGCAGGCCAUGUAUGAGAUGGUGAAGAAGAUCAUAGAUGUGGUUCAGGACCACUAUGUAGACUGGGAGCAGGAUAUGGAGCGCUACCCAUAUGUGGGCAUCCUCCACGUGCGGGACAGCCUGAUCCCCCCACAGAGCCGGCGGCGCAUGAAGCGCGUGUGGGACCGUGCUGUGGAAUUCCUGGCUUCCAAUGAGUCCCGGAUCCAGACUGAGUCCCACCGCGUGGCCGGGGAGGACAUGCUGGUGUGGAGAUGGACAAAGCCUUCCGCCUUCUCUGACUCAGAGCGAUAGGCCAGCCUGCUCCAGCCAGCCAGCCUGGCCACCCAGCCGGGCAAGGGCACAGACCUGCGGUGCUCAUUCACACCUGCCUUGAUUGCCUUUCUGGUCUCGGUUCUGGGACGCGAGGGCUUCCUUAGGGUAAUGGAGAGUGGCUGAGGCCCUCCUCUAUGCCAGUCUUACUGAAAGGGGCUCUUUCUCUCUGGAUAGAGAGACGGGCAGUGGCUGGAAUCCCAGAGGUUCUGCUCACAGCCAGACAGCAGCCAGGGAACCCUGAAGCCCCUUGCUUGGGAGGAGGGUUGGGUGGUGGGCUGGGGCAGCAGGGGCCUGGGCAGGGCUUGGUCCAUGUGCCUUUGCAGCGUUUCCAGGGAGCUUGAGGGAGGGGAGGAGUCCUGUUCUGCUCCUGCAUGGGCCUCUGUCCAGAGGGGACGAUGUUAGAAUUAGAACCAGCUGUAGGGGAUGAACAGAGGUGGCCGAGAUACGGCCACAGCUGCCUGUGCCUCAAAGCCUCUCACAGAUUGGAAGAGCAGCCCUGAGCCAGGGUGGAGCCUCAGCCUGCUGCCAGGCUCAUCACCUGUUACAACUGUGACCAGGCCUCUCCUGCCUUCCUGGCAGUUUAGCCGGAACAGGUGGGGUGCGGCAUCGUGGCUGCAUGCUGCCCCCUGCCGGCCACAUAGAGCAGUGUGGGCCACUAGCACUGUCCUGUGGAGGACCUGCUCAUGCUGGGAGGGAGCUCUCCAGCAACUCAUCUGCUCAGAGCAGGAGGAUAGCAGGCGGAGGUGAGGCGCUGCCCUCCAGAAGACUCAGACACCCUCUUUUGGACCUUUGGCCGCCUUCUCUGUUUCUUAGCAAAGCACCAUCUCCAUACUUAGCAAUACGCUCAUUUCCUGUGUCUGGGUAGUCGGCAGGACUGGGAACUGAGCAGGUACUCAUGGCAAGGCCUGUUCUCAUGAUCAGGCUCCAUCUAGAAGGCUUUUGUAUUGGGAACGAAACUGUUGGAAAAAUAAAAUAUUUAUUGAAAGCG